UGGUUUCUGGGCGCUACUGAGUCUUUGGGAACUCUAGCAGUUUGUUUGAAAUGCGUAAAUUUAAGAAUUCUGAAACGUUUAGGUCUUAAAAAAGUUUCAUUUGGAACAUAACUACAGUUGGUUGCGUGUUAAAAUCAAGUUUAUAAAGCUCGGGGAAAAACAGUUCACUUUCGGUCCUCUCUUGGAGUACUGAAUGUGAGUUUACGACCAACUAACGUCUAAGUUUAAUCUUUUAUGGAGAAUCUCAGCAAGAAUAUCAGAAUCAGCACAGAUGGUCUGGACUUGAGCUAGUCUCAAGUCUCGUUUGGCAAGCACCCUGCUUCGCUAACAAUGGCAGACAGUUUCUACAAGUUGGAGGAUGAAUCCUUUCCUAGUUUCCUCGGUAAAUCUCUGGAAAACACCAGUGGCCGGCCGACCCUGGGGAAUGUGACAUUGGGUUCAGGCCCUGGGCUGCCUGUGGCUGCUUCUACUGUGGCUAAAAUUAGACCCGAGUCUGACAACAGGGAAGAUCAUACUGAAGCGUCAUAUCUGGACAGUAAAGAACUGCAGCAGACCAACUUACUGUCGGAUAAUGCAGAUGACUUCAUUGCCGCCCACCGCCUGUCAAAUGUGCUGGUGAAUAUCAGUCUGGAUGAGAGUGCAUCCAGAAACCUAGGCUCUAUGCUUGGACCUCUCCCCAUCCAGACAUUCUCAGAGUAUGGUCGGCCCACAGAACUUGGCACAGAUCUUUCAACGGGUCUUCUAACAUUUGCCCAGUGUGGACAGAAGCACAGUGGAGAUACAAAGACCCUACCAGUCACUGCUGAGGAUGACCACGAGCUAAGUGAGGGAGUGGAUAGUGACCAUUUCAAUGGCAGUAACUCAAGCUUCUUGGCAAACGAAAAGCUCAUGUCUGUGGAGAGUAUGGACAGUGAUGUCACAGAUGAUCAUGACAUCGACCUAAACAACCUGCCUGAUGAUGAACUGGAUGUGUAUUUCAACAAAUUGGUCCCUCAUACUAUGCAGAGAGGCAGAGUUGAGGGACAGGAGAUUCCUGCAACAAGAAUGAAAGGGGCUGCCGAUGACAGAUCAGAUACAAGUUCCACUGAGGAUGAUGACUAUAGACACCAGAUCCUUGAUCGGUACGAUCAGGAAAACUUUCAGAUGCCUGACGUACGCCUUGCAGCUACAGGUAUGGAUUCCUGCCCAGCCAGUGAUGAGGACACGGAUGAUGAGCUGGAGUCGGCAAGAAGAAACAAUGCUCCCAGGACAGAGCUCCUACCGAGCACCUCCAGACAGCUGGUUGGAGAAAGUAACCAUCCCAGUUUCAGACCUGGCCUAGAAGGGGGCAGUUCUGACGAGGAGGAUUCCACCGGCCGCAGAGGCCUGUCUCAGGCUGGGAUUGAACAUAGAAGAUCUGCUGAAGGACAAGUCAUAAAUCUUCCUGUAACAGGAGAUGGAGGAGGUGGGGAUGGGAGCAGUGGGAGUGAGGAGAGUGGAAAUGAUGGAGGAGUUGCAACUGUCCCUAUUCCACUGAUGAAUGUCCAGACCUCCUAUGAUGCCCUGCGAGGCCUGGGCAUUGUGGGGGGCAAUCUUGCCAAUGAGAGCAACAUUUUGAGUGAUUUGCCAGAAGAUAUAAGGAACAGCUUUCCCAGACAUUCAGAGAUGGGGGACCGUGUGGGUCCUGUUGGAACAGGAGAAGCCAGCUCCUCAGCAGAAACAAUUGGGGCAUCUCAGAGACUUUCUGUCAACUGGAGCAUGAUGUUAGACCGGCAAGAAGCACUAAAUGCCAUGGAGAACACAGAGUCUGGACCUGUAGGUGUAGGUUUUUUUGAUUCCGUCUACUUGAGGAAUGGAGCCGGAGAAAGGAGAUCGCCGGAUUCAGCAAAUAUAAGUUACUCCCAGCUUCAAAGCACUCAAGGAAGCUUCCAUCUCUCCCAGAUGCUGCCCCCAAACUGUGAGGAGAGGGAUGAUGAUGAUGAGGGAAUAGAUGAACCUGAUGGCAGGGGGCCCUCAUUAGGCAUACGAGGAGGACCCUGUGGUGACGUGAGUGCUGCUGAGGCAUCGGAUGGUACUAGUGAGGAUGACAGAAAACCACUUUCCACUUCCCUGGAGCCAAAAUAUUUCUCUCAGAGCUUCCAUCAGGAACAGGAAGAUUCAGAGGAAGAUUGGAAUCAUUGUCCAGACGAUUUGGAGCUGGAAUUUCAACAAAAUCCAAAUGCCACUCAUAACAUAGUUUACCAGAAUGAAGAAGGGCAGUGGGUCACAGACCUUGCAUACUACUCUUGCUUUGAAAAAGAGGUUGAUGGGAAGACAACAGAGACUGCUGGCCAGUUUCAGACUGAGGAUUUUGUACCUGCCAACAAUGCCAUGGAAAAGAUUUUGAAGGAUCAAGAGGAGUUUGAAAAACAACAUCAGUUUAUGCAGGAGGAGCAGAUUGAGCCAGCGAGCAGCUGCACCUUUCACAGUGACUCUUCUUGGAAGAUCCCAACGAACAGCCAUGUCUUGAUGAGGACUUCGCAGGUUUCCUCAGAGUUUAAACAGGCAGAUGAAAGCUACCUGCGACUGUCUUUGGGGCAGUUCUUUGGACAGCGCUCUGAAGCCCUGGGCUGCUUGGGAAGCACCCAUGCAGUUAAAGUGAAACGGCCAUCGUUUGGCUACGUCAUUACCUCACCAGAGAAGAGGGAACCAUUUCCCCUAAUUCACCCCUCAGAACUCGGAAAAGAAAACGCCUCUUCCCACAAUGAAACAACGGAUCUCAGUGAAGCAGAAAAAACUCUAAACCCAGAGGAUCUAGAGAAAACUAUAAAUGGCCAAAGUGAAAGGAUGCCACCGAAAAUGGACACGGAUCCAGGGGCUUGUAAACCAGAGGAUUGUUCAACCAGAGCUGUGCAUUAUGAACACAGCCAGGGCCUAGGCCCUGAGUCAAGCCAAGAAGAUCAGAGUUGUGUGUCCCCUGACAAUAACAGCAGUCAGUUGAUGCUCAGCAUCAGCGCAAUUGCGUCGGCCAUCACUAAUGCAUCCAUCAGCACUGACCCAUCACAGCUGGCUGCUAUGAUCAUGGAUUUGUCAAAGAAGAGGCCAGAUCCGAGUGCCAUUAUAGACAAUCUACAGAGGAGCAUCUGUGCUGGAGAGAUAAGUGCCUUUGACAUAGAAAAAUACCUUAAAAAGGCCAACCUGUCUGGCUGCAGUAAUUCCUCUGUGGCCCACACAACCUUUGACUUAAGUGAUUAUGCUGAGAGUGUCAGCAGUUCAGAGAGGAAUCCUCAAAAAGGAUAUCCGAUUAAACAAGGGAUUGAGAAUCAGCCAAUGUGUACAAAAACUGAGGAAGACACCAGAAUGGAAUCGAUGACACGUGGAAAAUCAAAAUCCCCCACAGUCGCUGAUGUAUUGUCGCCACCAAAGAGGGAGUGCUUCAAAACAAGCUCCAUUCCUCGUCCUCGUGUGUCUCUCGGCACUGCCCAAAGACUUGUGAAUUCAGGGCAGGUUUCCCCACGCAAGAGUUCUAGGUCUACUUGUGAAGUGGCCACAGAAACGAGCAACAUUAAAACCUUGGAAACCUCAUACACGAAUGAUAAAAGCUUACAGAGAACUUUCCCAAAUUGCAAAAAUGGGGAGCGGGGCCUGCCUUGCCUUAAAGGUCCCUCUCCAUCAACUCAGAGAAAUAGGAGUGUAGGCCAGCAGCCACAACAGAAACUAAGCUACUCUCCAGAGAAGAAACUACCAGUGAACAUCAGUUCUCAAUCCCUACCUCAUGGCUCUGUGGAGAAGCAGGGUGGCCUUCCUUAUCAAAACACUCAGCCUGCUCGAGACACUGCAUCUGAACUGCCAAAAGGAUUUUCUGGCCCGUGUGUGGAGGACUCUAAUUAUAACUUCAGACCAUCCACCUCUCCUCUUACUCACUCAUCUCCAAGUCAGACCUCCCUUCAAAACGAUGAAUGUAUGGUUUCACCGUCUUCAUCCACUGCUGCAGACAGAUGUCCAGCGGUUGACCUCUCACCUCAGUCCACCUGCUCCAGCCCCAGUCUCAGCAGGCUCACAUACAUCUCAAUAAACGAUGGUACUGUUGUACCUACUCCUGAGAGAAAAAAGCGUAACUCCACAAUGGGACUAAGUACCACAAUCAUUAGAUUCAGUCCAACUCCACCUGUGGAAACGGAUGGACAGUCUAACCAGGAUGGCCCUCCUAAAAAGCUUGAUAGUAAUGUGCCACAGCAUGCUAAAAGUCUGGACACAUUGUCGACACAGCAGUGCAAAAGUCCAGAACCCUUGCAUCCUGGUUCUACUCUGGACUGCGCCCGUAGCCAGAGCGAGUGCAAGCACCAUUGUUCCGGUGACCUUUCCAAAGGAUGCAGGAACCAAAAGCAUCUUUCUGAAGCCAGUGGAAGACAGCUCACAAAGGUGGACUCGGGCUAUUGCAGCAAUUUGAACAUUCAGCAAACCAGCAGCUCUGUAGCUCCGCAGGGUUCUCAGCAGUGGCGAAGUGCUACGUCAGUUUUGCCAUCAGCAUAUCCCUGUGGUCUCGGCAUGCCCCCUGUCUAUUCAGCAGAAGGGCUUCAGUAUGUGCCAGUCUCUGGCUUCAAGCCUCAAUGUCCUGGAAUGGUUGACCUGUCCCACAAAGCAGAUAGUCGGCCUGGAAGCUCUCACUGGAACUCCCAGCUACCUCACCUGUAUUUGGCUCCUGAAGCUCCUUUACAUCCUGGUGCUUUCAGCGUGGGCCCGACAGGGAACAGUGGUCCAAAGAGUGACUUAGCUGUGAGACACAUUCACUCCACACCAGGCGUUACUGGGUUUUCUGGGACUGCUGAGUCUCAUCAUCACCUUUCUAGACCAAAUCAGAAUCAACAGGAAAUGCGAAUGAUGGGAAAAGCAUUUAAUCAGUAUGGUGGAGAGCCACUGGUGACUGGUGAUCUACAGGAACUUGGAGGCCAAGUGGUGGUACCAGAGGAGCUUCGGUUCCCCCAUGCAUGCUGUGUAGGCAUCGCCUCACAGACCUCUCUCAGCCUUUACAACCCCUCAGAGAGAUGGCAGCAAGUUUCAAUCUCUGUCACAAGCGUUGCCAUCGAUGGAGAGAGGGUGGAAAUCAUGCCAUACCAGUGGAUAAUGGUGAAGAACAAAACCAUUAUUGGCCCCAAGAGCACAGAGGAACAGAAAGUGCUGUUCCUUCCUCCCAAGGCUGGUGUCUACCAUUGUAUCCUUAGUGUUUGCUCCUGGCCAGCAUCAGCAGAGACAGAGUUGGCAGCUAGAGCAAAUGUCUUUGCCAGAACAGUGGUCCUAGUUGCCAUAGCGGAGAACCCUACGCUAGAGAUUGAAUCAAGCAAAUCUGGUUGUGUGGAUUUUGGAGACCUGCCAGAGGGGAGUGUUAGAUCUCUUCCACUGAGACUGCUUAAUAGGACUCAUGCCACAGUACCCAUUCGUCUGGUCAUCAGUGCAAAUGCAACAGCAUGGCGAUGUUUCUCCUUUUCCAAACACCCUGUUACCGUGACAUCUGAAGGCACACAGCAGGAUGGACACAUGACUCCAUUAUCAUCUCCUUCUGUGAUAAAUCAUGUGAUGCAAGCCAGCUAUGGAGAGAAUCCAGAGAACUUCACCAUCUGGGUCCAUUUCAAGGCCCCCCAGAAGUAUACUGCCCCAUCAGGAGAUCUUGGUCCCCCUGACGAGUACAGUGCUCGAGUGGACGUUGAACUGGACUCCCCAGGUCCAAGUCACAUUAUCCGUAGUAUUCCUCUCAAGGCAAGGUCUGGAAUUGCAAGGGUCCAUGCUCCAAAAGAUCUACAGACUCUCACUCUUCACGCUCCAGUGGGUAAAUGUUGUCAGCAGACACUACCGUUGAAAAAUGCAGGAAACAUUGAUGUGCAGCUAAAACUAACGAGCAAUGAUGAUGGGGAUAGUUUUUCUGUGAAACCAGAUGAACUGUUCCUGAGAGUGGAAGAGGAGCAAAAUAUUGUUGUAUCAUUCAAAACGCAUAACAAAAGAUGCAGACAAAGUGUACUCACCAUCUUGGUGCUGCCAUCAGGCCCUCAGUAUGAAGUCACUCUGAAAGGAGAAGUAAUUGACUCUGGGAAACCUGGACCAGUCUCUAACCCUGUCUGCGGCCCUUCUCUGACUGGAGACGUCCCUCCAAUCCUCUCCAAUAAGCAGUUCGUGGCCUGGGGAGGAGUCACCUUGGGACGCGCUAAGCUGGUGCUAAGGAACAACUCGGCUAGUACUGCACAGCACCUUCGGUUGCUCAUUCGUGGUCAGGACCAGGACUGCUUUCAGAGUAUGUUCAGCCUUGAAGAACGUCUUACUCGACAUGGAGAGCUGUCCAUUCGGCCAAGAGAGGAUGUGACGGUCCAUUUGCUCUUUGCCCCCACGAGGGUGGCUUGCAUGUUGGCCAAGCUGGAGAUUAAACAGUGUGGGGUUCGGCCUUCACAGCCAGGAAUUCCGCUUUCUGGCUAUGGUGGGACGAGCAACAUCAUCUUAGAAGACCAGAGGAAGCGGGCAGAGGGUUAUGUGGCAUCACUGACUGACAUUGUUGCUGGUCGUGUUAGCAAAGUGUGUCUGUGUGUGAGGAACACUGGCUCCAGAGCAGCCUUCAUCAAAGCUGUGGUCUUCUCAGAUGUACCGUCUCGAUCAGUUAUAGACCCCUCUGUCAUGAGUCUGGCCCCUUCACAGUUUGUACUGAAAGAGAGGACGCAAGAGGUAAUUACUGUCUUAAUGAAGUCCACCCAAAGAGAACUGAAUCUGUGUUCAGCUAAUACCCCACUGGCUACAAUUUGUCUCUUUUGUGGAGAUGAAGUAUCCAGGCAGCAAUACAGGAGAUUGCUUGAGACCAAACCAGAGGCAGCACGGAAGGCCCUGUCUGAGAACAGCCUGCUGAAAAACAUAGAGUUCAAUGAAAUGUUUUUGGGAGAAGACACUAUUAAAGAAACCUAUGACCUGCCACACCGUCCUAAUGAAGCCCACAUCUUCUACAGCAACAUGAGUAGGGUGGUGAUAUCACUGCUGGGAACCGCAAAGACCACUGCUUUGGAUGAGGAUGAGCAUACUAAACUAACACGGUCAGAAAGAGUCUCGCUGAAUGGCAGUACAUCUCUGGAUGUUCUGCCAGUCAAGGAUCCCCAGGGUUCAGCACUGAGAGUUACAAACCUUUCACCAGAGGCUUCAGAACACCCGCACACAAAUUCAGAGUCCUGGACGAUCCACCCAACACAACUUGUCCUUGGCGCUCCCACCAUUAAUGGUCCAUCUUCCACCAGCCAUGUUGAAAUUCGAAACAUUAGUAACAGACAGCUGAACUUUGAUCUAUCCUGGCCUGCUCACUGCCUCACUGUCACGCCACAGCACGGGCUCAUUGAGCCUCAGUGCCACCUGCUAAUUUUGGUCAGCCCCAACCCCUCACUGGCUAACAAAUCUGCAUUGCUGCCAUGGACUGGGCAGAUAUAUGCCCAGUGUGAUGGUCAACAGAAGUUCAUCAAGGUCCAAGUACGCCAGGACUUGGCUCUGGAUAUUUCUGCCACCCCAGCAGAUGCAACUCUGUCAGCCUUGGCUGCUCAGGUUCCUACUCCUGUUCAGGCUGCGACCAGGCCUGGAACCAAGCCCAUGAUCGAAAUGAACAACAAGGCCAUCAUAUUCCCUUCUACUCGUGCAGGGGAAACAUCAGAGGCCCAUAUAGAGGUCCAGAAUGGGAAAGUGGAAGUAAGAUGGUACUUGUCAUCUUUUGCUCCUCCAUAUGUCAAAGGGGUUGAUGAAACAGAAGAUGUUUAUCGGGCCACUUACACUGCUUUUAGGUGUUCCAAAGUCUCAGGAACCCUAGGAGCUCAUGAGAAGAUGCAGGUUCCUGUUACAUUCAUGCCCAGAGACAGGGGGGACUAUGUCCAGUUCUGGGACUUGGAAUGCCACCCUGUUACUGAACCCCAGCAGAAAACUAGAAUCCGUUUCCAGCUCUGUGGCUCUGGAACCAAGUCAGGAACAUUUGAAGGACCACAAAAUGGAGACUGUUCUCUGGUGAAGACUGAAGCAACAGUAAAGAGCAGAAAGCGACCUGAUGCCACUGCAAGCAAAACAAGCCAGGAGGAGGCCGUGCAGAGAGGUGUUUAUUCUCCACAGGAUCUCUACUCUUUUCCUGACACACAAGUUGGUGAGCUCAGCACUCUGAAGGUCAACAUCCGCAACAACUCAUCCGACACGCAUGAGCUGACAUUUGUAAAACCUAGGGAGCCCUUCAGCAUCAAGCAUUCCAAAUAUUCCCUGAGAUCACAGCACUAUCUGAAGUUACCAGUCAAGUUCAAGCCAGGUACAGCAGGCAGACACACAGGCCUGCUGCUCAUCCAGUCAGAAACCAGUGGAAGUAUUGUCAUUCAGCUGACUGGUGACGCUUUGCCUUGAAUUCUCCAACCACCAUCAUCUGCUACCUCCGUGGACUACCCAGCUGAAUUUCUGCUCUACUGUUCACCACGACACAAGUGACGACAAAAAAAGACCUGACCAAAAACUGCCUGAGAUCAAAUUAAAAACAAGUUUUGAUUUAAAACUCCCUUUUAUAUCAGGAUGUUUUCUGAUUAAACUGAGCAUAGUGAGACACAGUCUGAUGAGCCUCUGAACAGGACAUAGCUGUUCUCACAUGGCCCUCUUAAUUUGUGCCUGAAGCUAGAUGCUCAGUCGGACUGGCUUAGAAUGGGUCUGCACAUUUCUGGGUUUUUUUUUGUUUAGUUUUUUACCAGCUGAUGGCCUUUGUCACUUCACUCUAGAUGUGGUAUUUGCUUGAUCCUUUACUCAUGUCACAAGGCAGCAUUGUUGUUACCACAAGCCCUGUCAGACAGUGGCAGUACCAGUUGAGAUACAUUCGGGAUUACUUGCAGUUGGUCACACAGCAAUGCCUUUGUCUGUUGUUUGGCAACAUGACUGCAGGGCCUUUUUUUUUUUUUUUUGGAAAGCUGCAUAAUGUUUUAUUCCCCUGUUAUUACAUAGUAGAA